AUGCGUUCCAUCACCCUCAAUAUCACGUUCCUCGCCCUGGCCGCCCUCGUGGGUCUUGUUUUGGCUGACCCAUUGCCCAAACAAUACCAGAGCGUCCAAUACGGCCACGGUCGUCUCGCUGGCUUCUUCCGCCGUCGUCAGCUGCAGCAGCCGCAGGUCACCACUACCAAUCAAGCACAAGCACAGGUGAAGAAGCCCCAGCAGGAGGAGGACGACUGUGAUGAACAGCAGAAGACUAAGCCCCAACAGGUGCAGCAGGACACGGGCGUCAAGACGCCGACUAAAGAGGACGAUACGCAGACGUCGGCCGUGAAGCAGCCAACGCAGGCUGGCCCGACCGAUGACAAGACAACUAAACAGGCUGACCCGAACGAUGACAAGACAACCACGCAGGUCAAUCCGACUGUUGACGCGACGACUAAUACGACUACGCAGUCUACGCAGGCCACACAGCCUCAAACGACGCAGCUCAAGACUAGUGCCAGCAGCAUGCCCGACAGGACAUCGUGCAAGAGGGGUGUCGGAGAAGGACCCGUGGCGCCUCAUACGAGCACGGGUCUCAUUCUUCCCCUGCCCAGCGAUGGCGCGUUCGACAAGAGCUGCAAGGUCACCAUCACCGCUGACGGAAGUCGUUGCGCAGGCUCCGCUUAUCGCUACAAGUUUUACAUCAAGGGCAUGGAUCAGGCUUCCAUAGAUGCCAUUGAACCAAAGGACAUCGAAAUCAAGCAAAGCGACCCUCACACCAACCCUGACGAAAUCUACGCCAAGACGGUAAUCUCGGUUCCUUGCCAGGGCUGGAACGGCAAGAUCAUCCUGACAGACCGCCCUGAAAACAUGUCCUACACCGAGAAUCUCAUGGGAACCCGUCUCACCACGAGCAAUGCCGGUGCGCAGAUGUGGCCCGAUGAUAGCCCAAACGAGCUUGGGGUCGAGGCCAACUUCAUUGCCCCUCUGACUUUUGCCCGCUUCGAGGACACUCCACCUGACGUGUGGAGCCAAACGAACGUUGGCAAGAAGGACGACGCGAGGGGAUACAAACAGGCAAUCACUUCGUGCUUGCCCACCGCCUCUGUCAACAUCCAGUGGUGCUAG